AUGCAGUGUUAUACGGAACUGCUUCCUCCUUCGGGAGCAACACACGCUGUCUCCCUGCCAUUCAUUUCAGCCACGUCGAACAAUUUGAUAGUCGCAAAGACAUCGGUGCUUCAAGUGUUCUCCUUGGUCAAUGUUGCUUACGGGGCGUCUACGUCCCCGAGUACGGAUGACAAAACCAGAGUUGAAAGGCAGCAAUAUACCCGAUUGGUUCUGCUAGCAGAAUAUGACCUUCCAGGAACGGUGACUGGCUUGGGUAGAGUGAAAACUCUUGACUCAAAAAGCGGCGGGGAGGCGCUGCUAGUUGCAACCCGAAAUGCGAAGCUCAGUCUCGUGGAGUGGGACCACGAAAGACACGGGAUAUCGACCGUCUCUAUCCAUUAUUAUGAAAGAGAGGACCUGCACAACAGUCCUUGGACUCCUGAUCUAAAACUUUGUCCAAGUCUUCUGGCAGUUGACCCCAGCAGCAGAUGCGCUAUCUUGAAUUUUGGAAUUCAUAGCGUGGCCAUCUUGCCUUUCCAUCAGACAGGUGAUGAUCUUGUGAUGGACGAUUUCGACGAAGACCUACGGGGCGAGAAACCUGAGGACAUGGACAAUGCUCUCGUCGAAUCAACCGCGGCAAAUGACGUGGCAAGGCAUAAGACUCCCUAUGCGUCUUCCUUUGUUCUCCCGCUGACGGCGCUGGACCCUGCUCUCGUUCACCCGAUACAUCUUGCUUUUCUGUAUGAGUACAGAGAACCAACUUUCGGUAUCCUUUAUUCUCACGUUGCCACAUCGUUUGCUUUGCUUGGUGAACGAAAAGACGUUGUUUCAUAUGCCGUGUUCACUCUCGAUAUUCAACAGCGGACAUCCACAACUCUCGUUACGGUUUCUCGAUUACCUAGUGAUUUAUGGAAUGUCGUUCCCCUGCCGCCUCCCAUUGGAGGCUCUUUAUUGAUCGGAUCUAACGAGCUUAUUCACGUCGACCAAGCUGGUAAGACAAAUGCAGUUGGCGUAAACGAGUUUGCUCGACAAGCCUCCGAGUUUUCAAUGGCAGACCAAUCGGAUUUGGAGUUGCGCUUAGAAGGAUGCGUCAUUGAACAGCUAGGCACUGAGAGCGGCGAUAUAGCGCUUGUCUUAGCGAGCGGUAGGAUGGCUAUAGUACGAUUCAAGGUGGACGGGAGAUCCGUUUCUGGUAUCUUUGUGCAAUUGGUCUCCACGCAGGCUGGCGGUUCAAUUUUGAAGGCAAGGCCUUCCUGCUCGGCUAGUCUAGGCCGGGGGAAGAUCUUCCUCGGAAGUGAAGAAACCGAUUCUGUUCUUGUAGGUUGGACCAGACCGUCUCAGUCUAUAAAAAGGCUCAAGAGAGAUUCAAGCGGCCCUAGAGCAGGAGAAACCGAUACGGACGAUGACGAAGAUGAUAUAUAUGAAGACGAUCUCUACUCUACGCCUACCAACCAGACCACUGUUCCCAAAACCGUUUCUCAAACAAACGGUUUGAUUAAGGACGAAUUUGUUUUCCGCUGUCAUGAUCGACUCUGGAGUUUAGGCCCAAUGAAGGAUAUAACCUUGGGAAGAACUCCCGGAACGCGUGAUCAGGCCUCCAAAAAAACCUCCAAGCCAUCCACUGAUUUGGAACUUGUGGUCACCCAUGGGCAGGGUGACGCAGGUGGCCUUACCAUUCUCAGAAAGGAGCUGGAUCCUUAUAUUAUUGAUUCGAUGAAGAUGGAUAAUGUUGAUGGGGUGUGGUCGGUUCAAAUUGCCCCCUCAAAUACCUCAAAUCCGUCCACAACGUCGCGCAAUUACGACAAGUACCUAGUUUUCUCCAAGUCCCGUGGACAUGCUAAAGAGCAAUCAGUUGUGUAUACAGUUGGUGGCAAUGGAAUAGACGAAAUGAAGGCCCCAGAGUUCAAUCCAAAUGAGGAUCACACUGUGGAUAUUGGUACCCUUGCUGGUGGAACCAGAGUUGUCCAGGUCCUUACCUCUGAGGUCCGGAGUUAUGACACUGAUCUUGCAUUGGCCCAGAUAUACCCUGUUUGGGAUGAAGAUACAAGUGACGAGCUUUCGGUAACCGGAGCAAGUUUCGCUGAACCAUACCUUCUUAUCACCCGAGACGACCAGUCCCUCCUAUUGCUUCAACCCGACAGUAGUGGAGAUCUGGACGAAGUCAACAUCGACGGAUUGCUUACUUCUAACAAAUGGCUUUGUGGCUGCCUGUAUUUUGAUAAGCAUCAUACUUUUAUCCCCAACAGGGGUCAGGAAAAUUCGUCAUCUGAAAAUAUUCUGCUAGUUCUUCUUCGCACCGAUUAUACUCUAUUUAUCUUCUCUCUUCCCAACCUUUCGAACCCACUUUGCUCCCUGGGUGGCGUGGACUUUCUACCUCCGAUGUUGUCAUGCGAGCCAUUUCGGAAGCGAGCGACGUAUCGUGAAACAUUAUCAGAAGUACUAAUGGCGGACCUGGGCGAUUCAAUCAGCCGACAACCUUAUAUGAUCCUACGAACUACGCAUGAUGAUCUUGUGAUAUAUCAGCCAUACUAUACGAAACCCUCAUUGGAACAACCUGAAUUACGGUUUUUAAAAAUCACCGACUAUUUCCUACCCAAAGUUGACCCGGCAUCGAAUAUGGACAAUACAAAUAGGACCAGCUUUGCAAGAUUGCGGGCAAUUCCUGAUCUUUGCGGAUAUAAAACGAUGUUCAUGCCAGGCUCUAAUCCAUGUUUCAUUAUGAAGUCAUCUACGAGCUCUCCUCAUGUUUUGAGGCUGAAAGGGGAACCCGUAUCUUCUCUCAGCAGUUUCCAUAUGCCUGCUUGCGAAAAGGGAUUUGCAUAUGUCGAUGCCAAAAACAUGGUUCGCAUGUGUAGGCUACCUGGCAAUACUCGCUUUGACAAUGCAUGGGCCGCACGCAAAAUACAUAUUGGGGAACAAGUAGACUGCGUGGAAUAUUUCGCGCGCUCUGAAACUUAUGUGCUAGGAACAAGCUACCAUGAAGACUUCAAACUCCCGGAAGAUGACGAAGUACAUACUGAAUGGCGAAGUGAAGUGAUUUCAUUUAUGCCACAGCUGGAUAGAGGCCGUGUGAAGCUGCUUAGUCCUCGCACGUGGUCUAUUAUUGACUGCUAUGAUCUCGGUGCGACCGAGCGUAUCCUAUGCCUUAAAACAAUAAAUAUGGAGGUUUCCGAAAUAACCCAUGAAAGGCAGGACAUGGUUGUGGUUGGAACUGCCAUCGUGCGAGGAGAAGACAUUACUCCCCGUGGCUCCAUCUACGUUUUUGAGAUAAUUGAUGUAGCGCCCGAUCCGGACCGUCCUGAAACAAAUCAAAAAUUUAAACUCUUUGCUAAGGAAGAUGUCAAGGGAGCUGUGACCGCCAUUUCCGGCAUUGGCGGGCAAGGGUUUUUGAUCGCGGCUCAAGGGCAAAAAUGCUUGGUUCGUGGCCUCAAAGAAGAUGGAAGCCUCCUUCCCGUGGCGUUUAUGGAUAUGCAAUGCUACGUCAGCGUUUUGAAAGAGCUCCAGGGGACCGGUUUAUGCAUAAUGGGAGACGCCCUCAAGGGAUUAUGGUUUACUGGAUAUUCUGUACAACUCUCCUCCGCUGUUGACGUUGAAACCUGCGAGGAGCCUUACAAACUCACGCUUUUUGGAAAGGACAGCGAGUAUCUCCAAGUUGUUGCUGCUGAUUUCUUGCCGGAUGACCCCUCAUCGUCGAAAGGUGACCGGUUGCUACAUCGCAGUAGCUUUCAUACAGGUCAUUUCAUCUCCACGCUAACGUUAAUACCCCAAUAUACGAGCUCUGGAACUGGUGCGUCCGAAGACAAUAUGGACGUGGAUUAUAUGCCGGCGGGAUAUCAGGUUGUUGUGACAUCCCAAAGUGGUUCAGUAGGGGUAAUCACCCCUCUAACCGAAGAGACGUACCGGCGCCUCUCGGCAUUGCAAUCGCAACUUGUAAUGAGUAUGGAGCACCCCUGUGGGCUAAACCCUAAAGCCUACCGGGCGGUCGAAAGCGAUGGGUUCAGUGGAAGGGGACUGGUAGAUGGGAAUCUCUUGCUACGGUGGCUUGACAUGGGCGUCCAGCGAAAGGCGGAGAUAGCGGGGCGGGUUGGAGCGGAUUUGCAGAGCAUCCGGGCAGAUCUUGAAAGGAUAAACGGCGGAUUGGAUUUUUUGUGA